GGGGAAUGGAUAAUGUGCAGAAUACGCUUUCGAAAGGGAGCAGGACCGCAGCAGUACACGCAGCAAGUUAAGAUUGUCAAGAUGGAUGCUCAGUACCAUCGGUUCGAAGUAUGGAUUUUGCCGCGUGAUUCGUAAAAGAAAAUUGUCGUUGAUGUUUAGUAAGAAAAAGAUUGUGCAUCAGAAAGUUUUGUUGUUCAUAAUAUCCUAAGGUGUUUUAUAGUGUCUCAAUAUGCAGCGUUAAGUAAAUCGAAUGCUUUCAUAUAGUGAUGAGAAAAACACCUAAAAGCAGUGCAGUAGUAGCAGUCUUCUACAAUGGUGGAUAACAAUUGUAUUAUCGAGGGAAACGUCAAAUUUCGCGAUGGCAAAAAAUGGAAAUCAAGAUGGUGUGUCAUGAGAAAGUUAUCACCAGUUGCAGAUUGUCUUCAUUUGCAACUUUACGGAGAUAGCAAGGAUCGAUAUAAACAAGGUCAAACGAAAGCUUCAUUAAGCUUACAACAUUUCCUCGGUGUAGAGAGUGGUUUCACUCUUGAUAAGGAAUCAAACACAAUAGCUAUAAUAUGCCAAGAUGUGACGGUUGUUUUGGCUUUCGACACCAGAGAACGAUUGAUACAAUGGCAAGUGAAAAUCUCUAACAAUUUGGGCGAAGAUCAACAGUUCCUGAUCCUAAUUUCCACAGUUCCAUCGAAAGCGAAACUAACGAACGGCCCAGCUCAUUUGCACAUUCAGGAUCGUCGUUUCUGUAUCACGGUCGGAAUACCUCCCAGAUUAGUUGGUAUUUGGGAAAUCGCGCAUCUUCGACGAUACGGCGUGGUGGAAGGACGAUUUUGCUUCGAAGGUGGUUCGAGAUGCGGUCGAGGGGAAGGUCUUCACGUACUAAUAACGGAUCAAGGAGAAGAUAUUGUGAAGAUGCUGCAAUUAGCGGCGGAAGGGAAGCUGACGAAAAAACGACCAAUGAGCAGAGAGCAGAUAGUGCAGGAAAGCCCGCGCCGUCAAUUCUCCCGAUCGGAGACGAGGGCUAGCGAUUUCUUCCCCUCGGCUGUUUACUCGUCCACGUAUGAAGAGCAGUGCGACAGCUGCAAGAACGAGAGCUCGCCCUAUUGGUCGUCUACCGAGAGUAGGCAACAAACUGAACUCGACAGGGAUUACAGUAGCAGAGACACUGUCUCCGUGUCGGAAUUGCCUGAUCAGCCGGGAGAAUGGCGCAGCUGUUCUCUCACUCGUCAAGGAACAUCCGCUCUCGAACGAUGUGCUAGUUGUAUCAGCAAGUUAGGAACUGUCUCGAAAUCCUCGACUUUAGCCACUACGACCGGCGCAAGCAGUAUAAGCAGUCCGGCAGGAACUAUGAAUAAUUUAGGAUGUCACUUGCAGCCACGCACGCUCGAUCGAUUAUCAUUAUCCUCGUACAGUAGUAGCAGUCAUGAUAGUGAUUAUUCCAGUUCACAACAAAUGGAAUGUCACUGUUCGCAAAAUUCGAAGAACUCGCAGCAACAAUCGAGCAGCGCUCAACGCGUGUCGCCAAGCCCUAGCGCACUGCCACCGAGACCUCCGAAACCGUCCCAAAGCACUGCCACGAAGAAGGUUAAGAAACCUCCCAUGCCAUUGCCAAACGAACAAGUUUGCGUUCACUCACGUAAGCAGCAGUUGGUCCUACGAAACACACCCGCUGCUGCUGGUCCUUAUGAAAAUUACGACGUACCCAAGACGAUUUUGGGCCAUCAUAUGGUGUUGGAACAGAAUUCUCAACCGGAUCAGUAUUAUGACACGCCAAGGAAAAUCAAAGAAUGUCUAGCACUGCCAAAAACUUAUCCUAAUUACGAUACACCGCAAACACCUCAAGCUGUAGUGCUGCAGCAAUGCGGUUGUCCGGCCAAGCUCACCGUUCAAUCUCCCAGAUCCUCCGGAUGUCCCUGCCAAAAUGUGAUGAGUUGGGCUGGUUUCGUGCUCCCAUAUUGUAGAAGAGGUGCAGGAAUUGAACCAACCGGGGUUGCUGUGCAUCCCGUGAAACUUUCUGGAGAAGGGAAAAUGCCUGUGGUUAACGCAAGCGGAGAGAUUGCGAUUUACGCAACAGCGAAACGGGUGAAGAAAUCGGAGAACGUGGAAGAUAAGAACAAGGAUAAUUGCGAAUGUCCAGAAACCAGAACCAACAAUUAUGAGAACGUUGAACCUGUUAUCGACACGCAACCCGAGUCUAAACAGGCGAAUUACGCGAAUAUAGAUUUUACCCAAUCCCUCGAGCAUUAUGAAAACAGUAAAGACCUUUUGGCGAAGAGUGGAAUAUCACAAGAAGAAAUAGAAAAGUUUUCCGAUCAAAUUAAGGACGACACACCUGAACCGCCCACAGAAGAUUCGUCCAAAAUAUGCCAGAAGUGUGGCCAUGUUAAAGAUAGCGAAAACGAUUAUUUAGUUAUGGAUCCUGAAAAGCAAACGCCAAAGAAACCGUUCCCUGGCUAUUUACCGAUGCAGCCAGCGCACAAUGCUUGUUCGAAAGAAAUUUUGUCCAGAAUUUGCAGCGGUAUAAAGAGUUCGAGCAAUCCUGCAUUAUCGGGUUCCGCUUUAUCGGAAAGCGGCAAAAAGAGAUCCGAUUCCGAGUUUCGCGUUCCAGGUUCGGCGAUGUUGUCCAGCCCGUAUCUUAGACGUCGUUACUUGGACGGAAAUGGUGCGACAGAAUCAAAUGGAAACAUUGGUUUAUUGUUAAGAAAACGAUCUUAUUCCGCGGAGUCUGCUCACUAUUUGGACGAUGAGAAUCAUACGUUCCCUUCCACGUUAACCAUUCAUAAAUGCUCCAGCGAAGCGGACAAAGCUUCUCUGGUAAGAGGAGAAACGCAUUCUCCGUGCGUUAAUUCAGAGGUGAAGAUUAACCAAGAUAAUGGGCAAAUAUCGGUAACCUCGCCCCAACCAUCGUUCAUAAAAAUUCGACGCUCCUCUUCCGUUCCAUCCAAAACUGGUCAUAACAGAGACUCUUCUAGUAGUAACGAUUCAGGUGUUUCUACCGGAUCUCUUAGUCAUAGAACGGCAGAAUUCGUGGAGUUCGAAUUAUCAUUGACCGCUUCGACGUCGACGAGGAAGCAGAAUGUGUUGUCUGUUUAUAGAAAAAGUUCACCGCCUACGUGUUAUCACAGCAGUUUACCAAGAAAAUCAAAAUCCAGUGAUCCACUUCGAGAGUUGUCCUUUCAAUUUCAGAAAAUCAAAAUCCCUACGAAAUCCUCUUCAGCAGAAGCUGACAUUCCGACGUGUUUACCCAAGGCAACGAAAGGCUUCAAUAGUCCAGGGGAAGUGUCCAAUACCCCUUACAUCGACUCGCGAAGCACGAGUAGCGGUACAUCUGAUAUGUCAGAUUAUAUCGAGACGUUGUCGCUAUCGUCUCACUCGUCAUCCGAUACGCCGGACAGUCUGAGACUGGGUGGCAGGGCAGUUGCAACGACGCUUCGUCCUCGCAGUGGAAAAGAGUAUUACAAGAUUGACAGAAGUAUUCUUGUCGAGCAAGGAAGAACGUUGACGACACCAUCAGCCAAUUACGCAAAUAUUACCCCAGUACUUGAGAAAAGCGAGUCCCCUUCGCCUGGAUAUAUGAGCAGCUCUCCCUUUGAACAACCGCAACCUACUCGUGAACACUUUUUGUUUCCCGAUGAAGCUUGAACGUAGCAACAUUGUUUGGGAAGAGAGCGGAAAAUUUGAAGUUCCUAGGAAUUCCAAACAAAAUCAGUAAGAAUAUUCAUGGUAGAAAUUUAUAAUUGGGGCAUCAUGACUAUUUAUACUAUACGCAAGUAUCUAGUUGAUUGUCAAUGCUUUUUAAAAAAAGCAUGACACGAAAUGUGCAUUUCGUUGAAAGAAAGAGAGGGUUAUCUUUUAACUUCCAAGGUUCAGAAAUCACAUUAAAAGAAACCUAUUCAGAACGCUUAUCUUUCUGGCUUUCUUUAUGUCUUUUCACGAUAAUGUCUUCUUAAAAAGCGAAUCCGCACAAUCAAAAGACCUUAACAAAGGGCAAAGGGGAGUUUUCAUAAGAGAUUCUAGAUUCUAGCGUAUAGUUGAAAUUAAGUCAAUACAAUACAAUUGAAAUACUUCCUACAACGAUUUAAACAAUUUCUAAAAUAUGCUCAAUAAGAAACUGUAAUAGUUUGUAUAGUAAGAAUCCUGCCCUAGGAUAAAAAGAAGUGUGUGCAUCGUAUACUUUAUAUGAGUAUAUCGUUUUUUGGAUAUGUUUUAUUUUAUAUGAGUAUACUUCUAUAUAAUAGCGGUAUUGUAUAGCGGUUAAACCGGAGCAUUGCAAUUAAAUGCUCCUUGUUUAUACCGGUUAACGCGAUACCAUCGACUUACAUUCUAAAAUAUACAACCAAAAAGUUUAAAAAAAAAAGAGAGAACAAAAUAAUGAAAAAAAAGGAAGGGAAAUGCAAUGAAAGUAGUCAGUUGCAUAGCACUCACAGGGUUUUCAAAUCUUUACAACUUAUUUUCUAAAGGCUUAAGAUAACAUUUAUAUAGCCGUGAAAUGGUCUUCUUUUUAAUGAGAUUUAUAUGAUGGAUAUCGUAGUCUCUGGGCAAUCAAAGAUGGCACUAUGUAUAGAUUAUAAACGAGAUAUCUUUAAAUAAGUCCUAAGGAUACGCGAACGAAUAUAAAACUCGAAUUAUUUUUAUUGAAUUUUUAUAAUUCAUGGGCAGAGACUUUUAAUCGGUAAUCAUUCUCAUCGUAUAUAUGUUCCCAUUUUUACGCGAUUAUAUAUGCGUUCGAUUUAUAUAAUUUUCCUACUAGAUUUUUUAUAUAUACAUAUAUAUAUAUAUAUAUCUACGCAACGAAUUAGUUUUUAAUCGUAAUUGCAAUAUAAUUUUAUUUUUUUUCUUCGUAAUUAUAAAAACGUACUUAAAAUAUUUUUCAUUCGUACUUAACGUAUAUCUAUGUCAUUUUUUAUGCGCGAAGAACAUUUAUAUGUCUAUGGAAUUCUUUACGGAGAGAAAAAAAAAAAAGAAAAAAAAAGAGAAAAAAAAACGAAAAAAAGAAACAAAAAAAGAAGGGAAAAAAAAAGAAACGAAGAAUAUUUAUUUUUACUUCGAUGGUGCAGGAUCUUUUUGAUAUAAAAUAAAGUGAAACUAUCGUAUGAUAUUAUAAAAUAAAACUAUCGUAGACGAUUAAACGAAAGAGCUAGUCGUAUGACGUAUCGAAGAGGAAUCGAAUUAGUUAGGCCUAUCUUCUUACGUCUGCACAGCUUCGAAGUUUUUUUUGAUCGUCAUUAAAAAGAAAAAGAAAGAAAAAAAAAGUAUACAUUUAUACAUACGUGCGAGCUAUAAUACGCGAGUCUUCUCUGCAUUUAAAUUUAAUUUUUUGCUUGCUCAUUUGAAUGAAUUAACUCGUGAGAUCGCGCAAAUAAGCAAUAAAAAAAAGGAAAAAAUGAUGCGUGUAAAAUUCCUGGAUCGCAAGUGAAACCUUGCAUCGAGAAUAAUGGAUGAUAACGCGCUGGUUGAGUUGGUCGGUAUGAUAUUAUGCAAUGCAGUGAUACUGAACGCAAUAAUAGAAAUGCUAGGAGUUAUAUGCAGAUUAAGAAAAAAAAAUGGAAAAAGAGAGAGAGAGAGAGAGAGAGAGAGAAAUGAAAGAAUCGAUAUCGAAUGUUUUCGCAUUGAAAUAUAUUAAAAUGGAUUAUUCUCUGUUUCAUGUACACAUGUUGCGCUCUGCGGAGUGGAUAAUCAAAUCAGUAUUCAGAAUCAAAAAGAUCAACGGUAAUGAGCGUUUACCGUGCAUAUUAGAGAUUCAUUGAACAAUGUAAAGUUAACCGGGAAUCACGAUUCAAUGACAAUAUAGCUGUAUUUUCCCCCAACAUGCAAGGAAUUGUUUUCAUCGUGCCGGAAUAAAAUUUGUAAUAUAUUAUAUUAUAUUAUAUUAUAGUAACGCUCUACUGUACUACGUCCAACGUUUUCUCAAGCCCCGGGAUAUUGUUCACCUCGUAUACGUUCAUCUUCUUUUUCUGUCGAAGCAAUCACAACCUAUCGCUGUAGCAACGCCACGCUUAUCCUGUUUAUCGUGUCGCGAAUUUUUAAGGAUCGAGCCGGAUGAGUUAACGAGCAAACGGUCGGCUCUUCGGUACACAGAGGGGUUAUACAUAUAUAAAGAAUUAUAUACUUACAGUUGACUCUAUAACGAAUUGUAAAAGUAUUAAAGUAGUAUUAAUCACAAGACUGAACAAAAAAAUGAAAUAAUAGUUGCUGUGUGGUUAAAUUGUAGGAAAUAUCUAAAGAAGCUAGAUUUAUAUAUAAUUUUCCGAUUAACCUCUGUUUUUAUCCGGAGAGACAUUUCUCUCCCUUUUACGUAUAUAUUUUUUUUUUCUGCAUUCCGUGUGUCGAACGUGUUCUGUGUCUUCUAUAAUAUCGUAGAUAUGACGAGACGUUGAAAGCAUAAAAAAAGAGAAAAAAAAAAAUGAUAAAAAAAAAAAGAAAGAAAAAAGAAUAUUACGUAUUUGCUCUGCUUGGUAAAUUCGAAAGAUACCAAGCCACUCUGUCCAAGCUCUCGAAUUUCAUAUACUUAAUUAUACGUUAUACGAGAACUCGUAGUCUCCAUACGAAUGAUUUAUAGAACACGGCACGAAGGAUACUUAAUCGAGCGAAAAUGAAUAUUAUCGAAAAUCAAGAUUAUCCGAGCAUAGAAUUAAACGAUCGAUCUUUAUAUUACACUCGCGUGGAUCGUAGAGUCCCAGCGGAAGUUAUUAGAUCGUAAUUUCGUAAAGAGAAAAAAAGGUAUAAUCUUUAAGAUAAAACCGACAUCGUACCAUACAAUUUUCAAGUAAAUAUUGUAGACGUUAAGAGGAAUAAUAUAUAUAUAUAUAUAUAUAUGCAAUAUAUAGAGAUGCGUAACGAGAGUGUGUCCACGAAUUUUUACGCAGCUCUAUUAUAUUGAUGAUGAUUGCCAAUCGGGAAUAAUAAGUUUCGAUGCGAUCGAAGUACUUGCAAGUACUUAUGCGCGUUUUAAUAAGAUCGCGUUUAUCGAUUCUAGCGAGUUGUAUAAGGAUUGGUAAUCGAUUCUAUAAACACAUGCUAGUCAAAGUUAAGUACUAUUGUAGCGAUAAUAUAUUUUUACUGUAAAAGGAAACUAUCGGAGGCAGGUUGAAGGCUGGCCACGCGUCUCGCUGUACGAAAGGAUAUAGUUCGAGCGACACGAUUGUCUGCGAAUAGAAUCGUCCCCCCCUUUUUUUCUCUCUCCUUGUCAUUCCAACGAAUACAUCGAAUCGCGAUGCACGUGAUAAUCGAUCGAAACAACUCUUCGAAUUUUACAAUAUUACAAAGACAUAUUAACGAUUGCAUUUACUAUAAGACUUCUUAAGUAACAUAGCUUCUAGUCAAUGAAGAGGAAUUCAAACUAUUUAAAAAGAAAUAUUUAAAUUCAGUCGUGUAUUCGCGUGUGUUGCGAUUCGAUUGAUCCCCGAUACGGGAAUCGGAAAUGCCUCCACGCAUUCGAGCUUGAGGCGAAAUUACUGGAGAUUGCUGGAAGCCAGGGGGACGCGUGCCAGUCUUCCAGCCUCGAACAACCAUAUCUAAGAAUUUACUAACGGUAAUAUUAUUGAUCACGAAUAGCGAGUAACGUUUUCAAGGGUAUUAUAUACAAUAUAAUAUGCUCUGUUUAUAAUUUCUGUACAUAUAGUCGGUGUGUGGCAUUAGCGUAACCAAGGUUUCUUUAUUUUGUGAUCCGAGAUAAUGGAGGUGGAGAACGAUUUUUACUUGUGUAUAUAUAUUAUAUAUUAUAUACGAAGCAAAAGGAAAAAUGGAAUGGCUAGAAAUCGAUAUACCGGUGUGAUGAAAUGCGCUCGAAUCGUCUUUGGAGCCAUUAUCGCGUUUCGAUUGAUUUCGCUCGCGAGUUACGAUGCUGCAUCGUAUAAUUGCACGUUCAACGGUGCGAUAAUUGAUUCUCGAGAAACAAAGAGGAGGAGAGGAGAGAGGAGAAGGAGAGCGAGAGAGAACUGCGAGCGAUUCGUAUUGUCGUCGUCAGGGAUUAUUUAUGCGAUACGAGCAAUCUGAAACGCUUUUAACUCACACAUACAAAUUGUAGCAUACGAAGACAACCAAAAAAAAAAGAAGAAAAAAAAAAGAAAAAAAAGGAAAGCAAGAGAUAGACUAAAUUUAUUCUCUCUCUCUGCGAUCUUAAGUCCUGUUCUAUAUAUACGUAUUAGAGUUUUGCGAUCGAGAGGAGUAAGAGUAAUUUACGCGUACUUACACGAACGUAACACGAACACAGAUGCAUAAGCAAUUCGUUCCUCGUGGUUGUGUCGAUGCUACCGACCCGACGAAAGUGCUCUCGAUUGCACGCGAUCGUAGCAAUUACGGGUAAAAAUGGGGGAAGUGCAAUCGAGAGGGACGCCAUCUUCCUGUGCUCUUCAACUCUUAAAGCGUCUCGUUUCUUUUUUGAGAUAUCGUUCGAGUAAAAGAACGAACGUUUUAGUUCGAUGAAUCGCUAAUGGCGCGGCUACUUGAUUCUUGGAGUGCAAUUAGAGGCCAAAAAUUUGAAAUUUUAAAAGAAUGAUUCUUGAACUUUUUUUUCAAAAAUGUCAGUAAUACAUUAUCGUUCUCUAUUAAGGUUAAUUAGAUUCUUGAAAAAUUGAAUAUAUGAAUCAUGUACUUUGCUCUGAUUAAUGUUAAUCAAAAAAAUUAAUGUUAAUAUUCCAAAGCAAGAUCAGAGUUUAGGAUAUAAUUUAUCGUAACACUUGCAAUCUUUUCAUCUAUUAUUAUUCUUUCUUGUUUUUUUUUUUUCAAAUACGAUAAAUCUAUUAAGCUCAAUUUGAUAUUUCUAAUCUAAUCGAGCAAUGCACUUAAUUUCACACGUGCAGUAUUAUCAUCCCCGUGUGCCAGAAGGGAAAAGGAAAGAUGUCGAGUGCAGGAAUGCGAGCGUUAAUUCGACGAGAUCGAUAGCAUCGAACCCACGAAGUCUGUACAUACUUCUCCCGUAUACAGUCCGUUGAUCACACAACCGAUGAUUCUGUGCGAAUGAGAGAACGACAAAGAUAUAAUGGAAAGAACACGUUUCGCAUGUGAUGAACACCGUGCCAUUUUCAUUCAGCUGUUACUUCUAACUCACCUUAAAACGGCAUGAAUUCGAAAGAUAGAUACGUACGAAAAGACAAAGAAAAAGGAAAGCGUGAAUUCUACUAGAUGAUAAGGGCUGAUACUUUUACCUAAAAGUAUACCGAGAUAAGAAAAUGAAAAAAUCGGAAUCCGUUUACUUUGACAAUCCGUUCUCGACAAAAUAAGAAAGAAAAUAUUCAGUUCGGACUGUUCGAAUGUAUUCCGAAAGAUAUUGGAGAAAAUAAUCUUUGUUCAACGGGGAAAGAUAUUGUUUAUAGGAAAUUUUAUAUAAAGCCAAUCAUCAGAGAUCGUCCUUCAAAAAGUUUAGUUCUCCUUUCUCGAGGCGAGGGAGGUUUUAAAAAUUAGAGGAAAAAAAUAUGUAGAGAGGAGAGUAUUUUACAACGGUCAGAAGGAAAGUAUCUGUUGUCGAGAGUUUACGAGAAAAAUAUAAUGUAACAUAAAUGCCGCGUUUAUUUUCGAAAUCCUUAUUACAUAUAGUAUAAAAAUCGCCACAGUUCACAUGGAGGGAAUUCGAUGGGUAAAUAACGAAAUAAAUAAUGAAAUAAAAAAAUGAUAAACGAUGGGAACUAACGUACCGGGCUAUUAUCUCACGUUUAGAACGCAUUUCAUCGGGUGGAGAAUGGAAAUUCCAAUCGAUUUAUCUUUUUCGAAGAUUUUUAUAAUCAAGGUAAGCGGGUGCGUGUGAAUGAGCGAUGGUGAUCAAACAAAAUCAUUAUUAUGUACUUCGUAAGUAAAUUAUAAAAGGAACUCAUACACAGUUUGUAGCGACUCGAGUCACUGAUUUAUUAAAAAAGUAGAAGAAAUAAAGAAAUUAAAAAGAAA